AUGGCGAGCACUCAGCAGGAGUUCGAGGGCUGGGACAUCAUUAGAAGAGACGAAAAUGGAAGCAUAAUAGAUAACGACUUACUCACAAGAAGGGUCCGCCGAAGAGGCGGCAAAAGUGGAGAAAAGGAGUUCAUUUCACUGAAAAGACUCAAGGACUCAAUAGAGAUUGGUUGUGGUGACUCAAUUGUCAUGCAGGACCCUGAAACGGACUCUUUUUCGGUCUAUAUGGUGCACGAGAUUCGAUUGAACACGUUGAACCACUUGGUGGAAAUUUGGGCCUUCACGUAUCUUAGAAGAAACGAGCUCGACGAGCGCGAAUAUAUUGACGCGUGGGGCUUCAAGGGUCUGCCGGCAGGCACUGAUCUAGAUGAUAUGACAGAAGCGCAAUUAGUGGACACUUUUGAAGAGCUUUGCGAUCCAGACGAGCUUUGUCUGACAGCUGAGCUUACUGAACUUUACCUGGCGGACUUUUUUUCCAAAGCCGAGGUUUGUGAUACUGAAAAAUUCACCCAAAAGAGCUCAAAGGAGUCGAAAGGUUCAAAGACUUCGAACGCUUCAGAUGAUGAAGCGCCAGAUAUGUUCCUCGUUCGCUUUGCUUGCGAGCCUGAUGGUGUUUCAUUCAAUAAAAUUGACAUUCAGCGUGUAGAGCAUAACGUGGGCAACUGGGAUGCAAGGGCUUCCCACAAUUAUGUGAAAGAGCUUACUAUCGAUUCAACUCAUACCAAAGCUAGAAAAAGGACAACAACGACCCGUAAAUCGAGAGAAGGAAGUAAAAGCAGUAGCACAUCGCCAAAAUCGAGUCCGAAAAAGAAGAAGGGAGGCUUCAAGACCAAAAUUGCCGAUGAACCCUUGAGUGAGGAGGAAUUAGAUGACUUUCAAGAUGCAACAGAGGACCCCGUUUCUCUUAAGGAGCACAAAAGGCAACUUUUUUUGACAGAGAGUCCACUUAGUUCAGAUUCUAGCUUAGCAUCUGACUCGGGGGACGAAGAAACACCCCAGUUAAAAGGUAGGCAAGAAGCAGUACACGAGAAACAAGAAGUAGUACACGAGGAACCAGAAGUUGUAGAAGACGACGAACAGGAAGAGAUAGAACAAAACGAGAAACAGGAAGCUAGUAACGAAAACGAUGAAGAUGUUGUCAUGGAAGAUUCUGAUGAGGAAAUGGAGAGUGAGGACGAAGAGGAGGUCGAUGAAAAAGACGGCAUUUCAGAUGAUUCUUCAGAGGCUUCAAACAGCACCUCGAGACGCACCUCUCGCUCUCCACGUAAAAAAACGAGAUCUCUUAGAUCAGCAGCAUCGUUAUCGCCUACAAAAAAGCCUUCUAAGAGUAACGGAUCUGCUUUAGCCGGUAUAAAAAAGUACACUAAAAAGAACGUCUCUAGAGCCAAAAAAGCAUACACUCCAUUUUCAAAAAGGUUCAAACGCCCUCAGGAUAUUCCUGAUCUGACCAAAAUUGCGCAGUUCAAUCAAGAUCAGAUUGACUUGGACGUUGCAGCUAUUGAAAAUAGGCUUCGAAGCCCAAAGAAGCAACAUACCACGGAGACCAUUUUCUCGAAAGUGAAAAAACAGCUUUACACUUCCCACGGCAAAGACGAGAUCAUGAAAGCAGGAAACUUUGACGACUACUUGCCGGCUCGUGAAAACGAGUUCGCUUCCAUCUACUUAAGUCUUUACAGUGCAAUUGAAGCGGGAACUGGUACAACAGUUUAUGUGGCAGGAACGCCCGGGGUUGGUAAAACCUUGACAGUGAGAGAGGUCGUGAAGGAGUUACUUCAAUCUGUGGAACAAAAUGAGCUUCCGAAUUUUCAAUACGCGGAAAUUAAUGGUUUGAAGAUGAUUAAACCCUCUGAUAGUUAUGAGGUUUUAUGGAAUAAGAUUUCGGGUGAGAGGCUCACAUCUGGUGCCGCUAUGGAAUCAUUGGAAUUCUACUUCAAUAAAGUGCCAAAAAAUAAGAAGAGGCCAAUCUUAGUUCUUCUUGAUGAGCUAGAUGCUCUAGUCACCAAAAGUCAAGACGUAAUGUACAACUUCUUUAACUGGACAACAUACUCCAAUGCAAAAUUGAUUGUCGUCGCAGUAGCCAACACAAUGGAUUUACCAGAACGACAAUUGGGUAACAAGGUCUCCUCAAGAAUUGGUUUUACAAGAAUAAUGUUCACCGGUUAUACUCAUGAGGAGCUUAAGAUUAUUAUCAACUUGAGGCUGAAAGGGCUCAACGAAAGUUACUUCUAUGUCAAUGUGAAAAACGGGAGUGCUCACAUAGUUUUUGAUGGUGACGGCAAACCAGAUAUCGAUACGACAGGCAUGCGGAAGGUCAAGUUAAAAAUAGCGCCAGAUGCCAUUGAAAUUGCCUCAAGGAAGAUAGCAAGUGUCAGUGGUGAUGCCAGACGAGCACUAAAAGCAUGUAAGAGAGCUGUGGAGAUCGCAGAACAUGAGUAUAUGGAACGCCACGGUUAUGGGUAUGACGGUAUAAAACUGGCUGAGAAUAACGGGAGUGCUCACGUUGGGUCAAUUUUUGAAGACGAUGAGAUUCAAAGUGUCCAGAUAAACCAUAUUAUGAAAGCGCUUAACGAAACCGUGAACUCACCAGUGGUGCUAUUCAUGGCCAGUCUUCCAUUCACCACUAAACUGUUCCUAUAUGUCAUGGUAAACCUUAUCAGAAAGACUGGAUGUCAAGAGCAACCUUUAGGCGACAUUGUGGAUGAAAUCAAGUCUUCGGUCGAUGCCAAUGGUAAAAAUAAGUAUAUCGUGGAGAUGCAAAGAGUCCUUUUCAACCAAGACCAAGAGCUGUCACUAGAGCAGCUGCGAAUCAUAUCUUGGGAAUUCCUGGUGAAUCAGCUAAUCGAAGCUGGUAUUAUCAUUCGACAAAACCUCAAAAAUGAGCGCCUCAGCGCUGUCAAGUUCAACGUUUCAGUUGAAGAUGUCAAGUGUGCUUUAGAGCAGGAUAAAAUUAUGAAAACGCUUUAA